AGUACAACUUGUCAUUCUGUGAAUAUCAGCUGAUUGAUUACCUUUUUGUACAGCAAUAAAAUCGUGAUUUAAACAUAAUUCCACUAUGUAAUAACUAAGUUAAUAUGCGGGAAUUUGGCAGAUUCGGUCCUUUGAUCGGUGCAGUAGAUGAAGGAACUUCAAAUGUUAAGUUCCUGGUAUUUGCGGCAAAUACUUCCGAAGUGUUGACCUACCAUCAAAUAUCGUUGAAACGAUUCAGCCCUCAAGAAGGAUGGAUUGAACAAGAUGCUCUGGAAAUAUUAAAUGCAGUUUUGGAAUGUAUAGAGGUAACAAUAGAUAAUCUACGAAAACUGGAUAUAAACCCUGAGGAUGUUGUUGGCAUUGGUAUCACAAACCAGAGAGAAACUACUAUAGUAUGGAACUCUGUAACCGGACAACCUCUUUAUAGUGCCAUAGUGUGGUUAGAUGUAAGGACAUCUAGCAUUGUAGAUGAUCUGAUUAAAACCAAAGGAGCCCAAUGUAUAAAUGCUGUGACACAAACCAGUGGCCUGCCACUGUCCACAUACUUUUCAUCUGUGAAAUUAAAAUGGCUGCUGCAAAAUGUAUCUGCUGUAAAAGAUUCAGUGAAAGCUGGAGAAUGCAUGGCAGGCACCGUGGAUUCCUGGCUUAUUUGGAAUCUAACUGGUGGAAGCCAUGGCGGCACGCACGUAACAGAUGUCACGAACGCUUCGCGGACGCAGCUCAUGUCACUAAGAAGUCUUCAAUGGGAUAAAGGAUUAUUACGGUUUUUCGACAUACCUAUACAAAUACUACCAAAGAUUAAAAGCUCCGCCGAAAUAUAUGGUUACAUAUCUACUGGAUCCCUUCUUGGUGUACCAAUAGCUGGGUGCCUGGGUGAUCAACAAGCUGCUCUAGUUGGACAAGGAUGCAUGCGAUUUGGUCAAGUCAAAUGUACUUAUGGCACUGGUUGUUUUCUAUUAUAUAACACUGGUGAUUCUAUCAUUCAUUCACAACAAGGUCUUUUGACGACAGUGGCAUAUAAACUUGGGCAAGAUGCACCUCCGGUUUAUGCUUUAGAAGGAUCUGUAGCUAUAGCAGGUGACACAUUACAGUGGCUUCGUGAUGGACUGGAGCUUAUUACCGAUGUAAGAGACACUGAAGCUCUGGCCGGAGAAGUUACUGAUGAUGAAGAUGGAAGCAUUUGUUUUGUGCCAGCAUUUAAUGGUUUAUAUGCGCCUCAUUGGCGGAAGGAUGCUAGAGGAGUAAUGUGUGGAUUGAGUGGCAAAACCCGACGCGAGCAUGUAGUCCGAGCUGCGUUUGACUCGGUGUGCCAUCAGACGCGGUGUGUGGCGACUGCGAUGGCGGCUGAUGUAGCGCCACUCCGGAGAUUGCUAGCAGACGGUGGAAUGGCGCAAAAUACAGUUCUGAUGCAAAUGCAAGCAGACAUCCUCGGUAUUCCUGUGAUUCGACCUUUGAUGAUGGAAAGCACCGCUCUAGGAGCGGCCAUAGUGGCCGGUCGAGCGUUGCGAGUGUGGCCCACCUCUACGCCGUGCCCACCCGCUGACACAUUCCUACCGGUGACUACUUCCGAAGAGCGUGAAAUCAAACGUGUGCGAUGGGAAGAAGCACUGAACAGGUGUAUGGCGUGGGUAUCAAACGAUGAAGAGAAGGAGAAAAUCUGCGCCGAUGAGACAGAUAGAACAACUGCUGUUAUACCGCCCGGUCUGUUUUUCCUCGGCACCGCGCUUCUAGUUAUUAUAGCAGAUAAAUUCAAAGUUAUCUAAUCAAUGGGCUCAAAUCAUUAUAGAGUCAUUUGUAGAACAAUUCUGUAUACCUCCAAAGUUAGUUGUAAAGUAUUAAUUUAUUAAUAGCUGAACUGUUGAUUAUUUGUUGUCAUAAUAAUAUAAAACGUUAUAAAUAAAA